GCCUGAGCUUUGGCAAUCGUCAUGGCGGGGUCGUCCUUCAAGAGCGUAAACGUCGCCGACACCUUCAAGAGCCCGGUGCUCAAGAGUCCCAACCUCUUCCAAUAUGAAGCGGAGAAACAGAGCUACGAGUUCUUUUACCCGUCGCCUCAUAGUGCCGCGCGGCAAACGACGGUUCGGAGUGCCGUGAUGAAUCUCGUGACGACACUGAUUGGAGGUGGUGUGCUCCUCUUGCCGUUCACGAUCGCCAAGAGCGGAAUUGUGGUUGGGUGUGUGCUCAUGUUGUGCUGCGCGAUGGCGUCGAGCUUCACGUCGUAUAUCCUUGUGAGUUGCUCGCGCCGGUCGGGGGCGCAAUCGUACGAAGAAAUCGCGCGGAAUGCGUUUGGACGCAAGAUGCAAAUCGUGACCAUGGUUUUGUUGAUUUUGCUCAUUUUUUUGGCGUUUGUGGGGUACGUCAUCCUCGUGCGGGAUAUCGCCGGGUCGCUCGCUUCGCAAUUUAUUUUCGGCCGCGGGCUGUCUAUCUCGGACGAGAACCUUGUCGCGAUGGGUGUUGUCGGUCUUGUGUCGCCGCUAUUGUUUCUCCGGAGCAUGCACUCGCUCCGCCACACCUCCGUCAUCGGUCUUUGUACGGUGGGCAUAUUUGCGUUUGGGAUCUUUUACCGUAGCACCGAAAAGAUCCUCCACCCGUCGUUCGACUCGUCCAAACUAAUGCUCGUUGCCGACAGUAUUGACGGGCCCAUGUACGCUCUGCCGAUUGUGAUUUCGUCCUUCUUGUGCCACUUCAACGUGCUCCCAGUGUACGGUGAGCUCCAGAAGCCGACUCGUCGCCGCCUCAAGAAGAUCGUGAUCAUCACAGUGUUCUCGACGUCGGUGUUUUACAUGAUCCUGGGCACGCUUGGGUACAUAUACGCAUUUGAUCAGCUUCAAGGCGUACAAGGCGACAUCCUCAACAACUUCGACCAAGCCGACAUCGUCAUGAACAUUGGCCGUGCCGGCAUCCUCCUCACUAUAUGCAUGUCGUUGCCGUUGCUCAUUUUGCCCACACGCAAGACGAUCUACCGUCUGUACAUGCUCUGUUGCGAUGCUAUCUCGAAGGGCAGAGGUGGUACGACGCAAGAGCACCAGCCGCUGAUUUCAGACUCGCCGACAGCCGACUUGACCGAGAAGCCCGUUCCUCUCGUGCCGCACAUUGUGAUCACGUUGGUGAUUUUGGCUCUUGCGUUUUUCUUGGCGUUUAGCCUCCCCGGCGUUGCUGUCGUGUGGAAUAUCAUGGGGAGUACCGUCGGCAUCUUGAUCUCGUAUGUGUUGCCGUGCGUGUGCUACAUCCGCAUCCGACGCGAGAAGGCGACGUCCGACUGGCGCAAGCUCGGCGCAUGGGUGCUCUUGAUAAUCAGCGGCAGCAUUUGCUUCGUCUGCUCGAUUCAGGCGUUCCAGAAGCUCGGCGCGAUGGUGUAUGACGUCUUGGUCGCGUAGAGCCAAAGCAAACGAUAGUAGCAAAGUGUUGGCAUAUAUAACUGUUGGAUGAAAUAGAGACUUCAAUGUGCGGA